AUGAAUCUGAAAAUGCAAGCAAUGCUUUGCUUUUCUCCUUUAAGUCUUCAUUCUCUUCAAUACCUGUCACUUUAGCUUUUGGCUUCCCAAGCCCUCUCCUUUCUCUCUCUUCCCCACAAACCAACUUUCUAUUUGGUAGAUAAUCAACUUCCAAUUAAGUAUAGUUUUAUUAAAGAUUACACAAUUAGCUGCCUCAUUUGGUUUUACUUUGAGACUGCCCUUCCACCCUCUCAUCUCUAACUCUCUCUACUCUUUUUUUUGGUCUUAUUAGGUGGCUAUGGAGACUGAUGAUGGUGAGAUGAAGUCAAAGAUGGAGGAUUAUGAAGUGAUAGAGCAGAUUGGGAGAGGGGCAUUUGGAGCUGCUUUUCUUGUUCUUCAUAAGACUCAGAAGAAGAAGUAUGUAUUGAAAAAGAUUCGUUUGGCUAAGCAAACAGAGAAGUUCAAACGCACAGCUCACCAAGAGAUGAAUUUAAUUGCAAAGCUAAACAAUCCAUAUAUUGUGGAUUAUAAAGAUGCUUGGGUUGACAAGGGAGACUGCGUGUGCAUUGUAACGGGCUAUUGCGAAGGAGGUGACAUAGCUGAGAUGGUAAAGAAGGCCAGGGGACAAUUUUUUCCAGAGGAGAAGCUCUGCAAAUGGCUGACUCAAUUGUUGCUAGCUGUGGACUACCUGCACUCCAAUCGUGUACUUCACAGGGAUCUUAAGUGCUCCAAUAUAUUCCUUACAAAGGACAAUGACAUCAGACUUGGUGACUUUGGACUCGCAAAACUACUCAACACAGAAGAUCUUACUUCUUCGGUUGUUGGAACUCCAAACUACAUGUGUCCUGAGCUCCUCGCAGAUAUACCUUAUGGCUAUAAAUCUGAUAUAUGGUCACUUGGUUGCUGUAUGUUUGAGAUUGCUGCACAUCAGCCUGCAUUUAGAGCUCCUGACAUGGCUGGGCUCAUCAAUAAAAUUAACAGAUCAACCAUUUCUCCUCUACCAAUCGUGUAUUCUUCCACACUGAAACAAAUCAUAAAGAGCAUGCUCAGGAAGAGUCCAGAACACAGACCAACAGCUGCAGAGUUAUUAAGGCAUCCACACUUACAACCAUACCUUCUUCAAUGUCGCAAUGCAUCAUCUGUUUUUCUUCCAGUAAAGCCAGUAAACAGCUUGAAAGAUAAAACUCCUAGAAAAUCACCGCCUAGCAAACCCAGCAGUGGCAAAGACAACAGAGACAAAGAGGCUGGAACACUGAACCACCUGGAAAAGGUCCAUCCAUUUGAGAGCGGUGCUGAUGUGACACAUAGAUAUAUAACAAACAUUGAUAACCCUGUAUUCACAGUUAGUGCAGAAGAGCUUGAAAUGAAGAGGGUUGAUCCUACUAGCCGUUCUAUGGAAUUAUCCAAUGCCACUGAUGGUUCAAAAGAUGGACCAACUGAUUCAGAAGCAUCUGUUUGCAAUGGAGAUAAGCAAGCUGACACUAUCAGAAUACACCAAAAGGAAAAUACCGAGUCUGACAUUGAGGUUACAUCAGAGAGCACACCAAAUUCUCAGAAUGAAGAACUAGAAGAACCUGCUGCUACAAAUUUCAAACAGUUGCCAGAGGUUGAUGUCAAGACUCCAAACAAUGAAGAUGGAAAGACAUGUAGAGACCAACAAGUUCCUGAAGGAGCUAGAACAGAAGGAGAGGGUGCUAAAGAAGAAAAUUGUAGGGAAUUGGUUGUGUCCAAUGUAGGCUGUGCCAACAAAGUUGGAUCCCCUGAUGAUAAAUGCUCGUCAUCAGCUAAAUCUGAGGUGGAACCCGGAAGCUGUUUACCGAAGGAAAGUUCCAAUGGAUAUCCUGAAGGUGGUCACCUGGACUACUUGUCAUCUGAAAGCAAAAAUGAUUGCUCCAUACAGAAAGUAAAAGAUGAAGUGGGAGCAAAGGCAGACAAUAAUAAUUGCUCCACGCAGACAGAAAAAUAUGAUUCUCAUGUGGUUAAUCAGGCACCAAGUGACAUCUCCUUGAGCACACUAACUGCAGUAGGUGGUGAUGAUUCCAAGAGUGACUGGGAAAAUCCAAGUCAGCAAAGAGCUGAUGCCCUGGAGUCUCUGUUAGAGUUAUGCGCGCGGCUACUAAAGCAGGACAAACUUGAAGAGCUUGCUGGGGUGCUAAGACCAUUCGGAGAAGACGCUGUCUCGUCUAGAGAAACAGCCAUCUGGUUGACAAAGAGUCUCAUGUCUGCACAAAAAUCUAAUGGAGGAUCCUAAGUUUUGAUGGACAUUUGUCUGUAAUUUAUUCAAUCUUGUUUAAAAAAAGAAAAAAAAGAAAAGGUAUUUGUUUCAUCUUCUUGACAUAAAUUUGUUUGUCAACCAGAGUGGUGUUUGAACAUUGAAGAUUAGAGUCGGAAAUAACAUAUUGCUGAAUGUAACUGGACAUUGGCUCUAAUAGAAAUUGGAUGUGAAAACUUUUA